AUGAAAAUUUUUUAUCAACUAUUUCUUCUUUUUUGUUCUGUAACAUGUUACGACGGAGAUCCAAUAAAAACAUAUUAUGGAACUAUUGCUGGAACAAAAAAAACAAUAUUAGGUGAAGAAAUGACAGAAUAUUUAGGAAUUCCCUAUGCACAAGCUCCAACUACAUUUUAUAGAUUUCAAAAACCAUAUGAAUUAGAAAAAGAUCGUUUUAAAGAAACUUAUAAUGCAUUACAUAAAGGAAAAGCAUGUCCACAACAUAUUAGAGUUAUGGGUUUUGAAGGAUAUGAUUCAUUAAAUCCAACAGAGUAUGAUGAAAAUUGUCUUAAAUUAAAUAUGUGGGUACCAAAUAAUGAUGAAAAAAUGCCAGUUAUAGUUUUUUUCCAUGGUGGAAGUUGGACAGUAAGAACUGGUAAUGCUGAUAAAUUUGAUGGAUCUGUUCUUGCUUUAAAAACAAAGUCAAUAGUUGUUGUACCUAACUUUAGACUUGGAUUUUUUGGUUUUUCUUAUUUAAGUGGUGAAGAUGGAAUAGAAGGUAAUAUGGGAUUAUUAGAUCAACAAAUGGUAUUAAAAUGGAUUAAUAGAGUAAUUGAAGAUUUUAAUGGUGAUAAGGAUAAAGUAACUAUUUUUGGUACAGGUACUGGUUCAUCUUCAGUAGCAGCUCAUUUACUUUCAAGUAGUAGUAAACCACUUUUUAAAAGAGGAAUAAUGAGUUCUGGUACCAUAACACAUUUUAUGAGUACAGUUUCAAGAGAUAUUGCUGAAACAAACACUAGAAAUGUUUCAGCAUUGGUAGGAUGCAUUGAUAAUGUAAAUGAUAAGUCAAAAAACAACAAAGAAAUUUUAAAAUGUUUACGUGAAAAACCUGUAAAUGAAUUGUUAGAAGCUGCUAGAAAAGUUAGAGCUUCUGGUCAAAUGCCAACACCAUUUCCUUUUAUGCCAAUUAAUAGUGAUACAGAUUUUUUUAAUGGAAAUAUUAAAGAACUUUAUGAGAAAAAAGAAUUUAAUAAAGAUGUUGAUUUAAUGCUUGGAAGAACAGCAGAUGAAGCAACAUUUUUUAUGGCAACUGGUUUUACAAAUAAUAGUAAUAUGGGUUGUUAUUUUUAUCCACAAAAACCUGCUACUGACCCUGAUAAUAAAUGUGAAAUGAAUGAAAACAACUUUAAAUAUUUAGUUAAAUUUGGAGGAAAAAUAUUAAAUUUUAAUGAAACAGAAAUUGAAAAGUUACAACAAAUUUAUGAAAAAUCUGCUAACUCAUAUACUAACAGAUCUAUUAGAAUUUUAUCUGAUUUUGUUUUUGAUUGUGAACUUUCUAAAUUUGCUAUUACAUUUGCCGGUUCUUCUAAUGGUAUGACUUAUUUUUAUGAAUAUAAUAGACGAUCACCAAUUAAUUUAUGGCCAGAAUGGACUGGUGCAAUGCAUGGAGAUGAUUUGAAUGAUAUAUUUGGUAUUCCAUUUAGACAUCCUGAGAAAUAUGAAAAAGACAUUUUACAACAUGAAAAAGAUUAUUCAGAAAAUGUAAUGUGGGCAAUUGGUAAUUUUACAAAAAAUGGUGAUAUAACAACAAUAUGGAAUAAAUUAGAUUCUACUGAUCCUAAAGCUCUUGUAUUAAAUGGAGAAUUAGGACAAGAAGGAAAAGAAAAAAAAUAUACAACUGUUACACCAUCAACAUGUACUGAAUUUUAUAAUCUUAUUAAAGAAUCUUUACAAUGGAAAGAGACUUUAAAAAGCAUGAGUACAACACAAUAA